AUGGACAAGUAUCUUCGUCGAAAACGUCCUCGUGAUGUGUCUCCAUCGCCCUCCUCCUAUGUCCCUUCUGCCACCACUUGCUCGACCCCAAACAAAAAUAUAUCUCGAUCCUGCGAAACAGAAGAUGAAACGUCUACUGACAUCAAGCUGGCAACGCUGAUAUCCCUAUACCCAGAUAUUGCCCAAGACAUCUUGCUGGAUCUACUAAUUGCGAGCGAUGGUUCCAUCUCCGCAGCCUGUGCCGUAGUUGCAUCUGAACUUUCGGCAAGGAAAAAGGCCAAAGGGCAGAUAAAUCCUAAUUUUGGGAUUCAAAGAUCCUUAUCUUCAUACAAUGUGUCCCCAGAGCAUACUUCCAUACCCUCAAAAUCCCUAACAAAAAAAGGGCGAACUCUCCACCUGUUCUCUCCCAAUGAUAUAUCUAACAAUACGCCCUGUACAAUAAUCCACAAUUUUCUUCCUCCUGAGGAGGCCACCUCUCUGCUCAAGGAACUCCUACAUGAAUCCGAAACAUUCUCUCGUCAGCGUUUCCAGCUAUUUGACAACGUUGUCGAGAGCCCCCACACUGCUGGCUUUUACGUAUCUAGUGCCGAAGAGCAGCAGCAACAGACAUCCGAGUAUUCCUAUAAUGGCAAUUUUCGCACUGAUGUGAGGCAGUUAACACCGGAAUUACGCAGAAUAUCUGUAAAGGUCCAAGAGACUGUGAACGCGGAGAUAAAGCGUCGAAUCAAGGACCAUUAUCCGGGAGGUAAAAAACUACAGUAUCAAUCUCCAUUCGAAUGGGUGCCAAACGCCGCCUUUGUUAAUUGCUACGAUGGCCCUUCGGAGAGCGUGGGUUAUCAUUCCGACGAAUUAACGUACCUUGGACCACGCGCGGUUAUUGGUAGCCUGAGCUUAGGGGUUGCAAGGGAGUUUCGAGUGCGAAAGAUCGUCCCUCCAGAUGAGCCUGAUACAGCCAGUUCAAAGUCUUCAACAACAACUCAGAAAGCCCCAUUGUCUCGAUCAGAUGUCCAAGGCCAGAUCUCGAUCCACCUCCCUCAUAAUUCUCUCCUUAUCAUGCACGCUGAAAUGCAAGAAGAGUGGAAACACAGCAUAAGCCCCACACAAACCAUCUCGCCUCAUCCCGUAUCCGAAAACAAGCGGAUCAAUGUCACCUACCGCUGGUAUCGAGCCUCUUUGCACCCAAGGAAUACCCCCCGCUGUAGAUGCAACAUGCCUUGCGUUCUUCGAUGUGUGCAGAAAAAAGCUGGAACUCGAGGAAGGUAUAUGUGGAUGUGCUAUGCUGGCUACGCUCCAGGAAAGACAACCUGCUCUUUUUUCCAAUGGGCAAAUUUCGAUGACAAUGGAGAGCCGAUUUGGGAGUAA